AUGCCGGCGAUCAGGCCUCAGCGUAGCUUCUUCGCAGCCAGCUUGGACACGAGACGAAAGAAGGCGACCAAGCACAAGCACAAGUCCAAGGCCAAGGCCAAGUCAACCUCCUCACGUAUCUCGACAAGGACCGUGACUUCAGUUCAGGCAGCGGCGUCCAAGGCUUAUGACGAUAGCGAAGCAAAGGGCAAGUGUCGGUCGAAGCAGGUGUCAUCCAGCUCGACGGCGAGUGCAGCCACUACCGCCAAAACGACACGCGCAUCGAGCACAUCCAACAACGCAAAGGCAACCUCAACGACCUCGGCGACAGCGACCAGCACAAGCACAGCAGCGAAACCGACACUGACACUGACGUCCAACGAUUCCAAGUACGGAUACAAGCAGCUCGAGGCAGAUUACCGCAAGAUCACCAGCUGGGCUUACGACGAGGACGCCAUGUCGACCGCGCAGGUCAAUGAAACCCUGGCCGCCAUUCUCUCGGCCGCCGCUCGCUAUUUUCCAGAGGUCGACACCAUGGCCAUGGCCCGCAUUGUCCUGGGCGACAUUCGCGCCGAGUCCGAUUUUGAUCCCGAAAACGUCAACGGCGGCCGACUGGACAGCGGCGCCUCCGUCGGCCUGCUCCAGGUCUCGCCCGGUGGGGGCAGCCAGGAGCUGGCGCUGUUCAAGAGCCACGCCCAGGUGGACAAGCACAGCGCGUCGGGAGACGAGGUGUCCUUGGCCGUCCAAGCAAGCGGCGUGCAGGGCAGCCUCAUCGACUGGAAGACGGGCAAGACGAUGAACGUGACGGCCCUCACGGAAGAGGACGUGCUCAGGCCCUGGGUCAAUAUCCACAUGGCCCUCUGGAUCCAGUCUAACCUCGCCAGGUCCUCGUCGAGCGACCCGUACGACUGGCAGGCCAUUGCAAAGGGCAAAAAGACGGUGGCAGACACGGGCAGCAGAAAGGUCACGCCGACGGUGAAGACUGGCCUGGGGUCCUGGGUCGCCGGCCCCGGUGCCGACUCGGAUGGGUACCGGACCAGCGGAGACGACAUCAGCAGUGACUACUUUACCAACAUCAUGCAGGGCGUCAGGGUGCUGUACGGAGACAAGAAGAUGGAUACGAGCUGGCUGGGCCAGUGGUCUCUCAAGCCUGGCCUCAUUGACUAUCACUGA